UUCCCUGGCGUCCACCGGGAUUGAUCACCAUGAGGAAACGUCAGCGCUGCCGGUGCUCGUUAGUGCCGCACUUUACCACCAUAUUCGCUGUUGGCGGCUAAGCAUCGGGACAGCAUGAGGCGCGGGUUCUUCAAAAUGGGCGUGCAGCAGCAUCCCUGUUCGGCGGUGCAACAUACCCGCUGGUGCUGGCGCUGCCUGUCCGUGCGGGACUUGCUGCUACUACUGUGUUCAUUCACCAUGCUUUCUGUGUACAUGAGCUACCGGCUCACUAGCCUGCACCUGCAGCCCAACCCGCAGGACACCGCGUCGGGGCUCGGCGACGCUCUGCAAAGGAAUUCGGCUGACCGUGGCGUAAACCAGCGCAGCCCGAGAGACGUUCAACCGGCCAGAUCGACCACGCUCAACAACAGACUACGCAAGAUGCUCGUUGAGCUUGAAGAGGAGCACCUUCGUCCCCUGCGCGAGUCCAACCGCGUCGUCGUGGUCCGAGGUCACAAGGCGGCCAUCAACCGUGACCUGCCGCUCAUCAACACCGUCCUCGCGGAGCACGGAUGGCAACUUAGAGCGCCGCCGUGGUUUCGCCGCACUCCGGCCAGCACUGGCGGCGGUGGGGGCGCUCCUGCGAACUCUGUCCCCGGACUCGCGUCAGCAGUCGCUGCUGCUUCUCCAUUGACUAGGCUUAACAACACUAUGGCCAACAAUGACGGAAGAAACGGGCUGCAGCCGUCGUCAGAGUGGGCGCUGCUCUUGUGUCUGAGCUUCAGCGAUGGAGACAACGGCGCCUGCGUGGAGACUGCCGAGCUGUCUCAAUACCAAGCGGUGAACAAGAUCCCUGGCUUAAAGAACGUUCUGCUCAAGAAAGAUGCUUUCUGCAACACCAUGAAUGACGCAAGAAAGAUCCCAGGCGUGAUGAAGGCUUCUCUGGUGCCCCUGUGCUUCGUGCUGCCCAGUCAGUACCAGCAGUUCGUCAACGUGGCCGAUGCGCUGGGCUACUCGGCGCACUGGAUGCUUACACCGCUCGCCCCCGGAGCCAAAGAGAGUGCCCCCGAGGCACUGGACAUCUUUACUCCGCUGGGUAGAGCUCGCAUCCAGCAAGCUUCGACAAGGCGUGCUGUGGUUCAACAAGCUCUAUCGGCUCCGUUGCUGGUGCACGGCCAGCCGGUCAGCCUGCGCGUGUUCGUGCUCAUCACAUCGCUGUCUCCUCUGCGUGCCUACGUGCACACCGAGGGAAUGGUGCGGCUGAGGAGCUACCGGGCGGGUCCCACCUCUGCGAAGCCUGGCAUGCGAGUGCAGCCCCUGUCUCGCUUCUGGCGCUUCGUGGAGCGCAACUACGGCCGCCAGUCUCUGCAGACGGCACUGGAGAGCCUCUCGGACGUGCUGGUGCGGACGCUGCUUGUGGCUGAGGCGGUGCUCCAGUCGACCCCGGCUGCGCAGGGACUCCGCAGGUCCAGGCUACCCAAGUGCUUUCAGCUGCUUGGUGUGGACCUGACACUGAACACGUCCUUCCAACCGGUGGUUACCGAGGUGAACGGGCAGCCCAGCUUUUACCGGAGUCCCAGAGCAGAGGACGAGCCAACCAACGGACUUAAGCAACGGGUGCUGGCCGACAGCCUCAAUCUCUUGUUCGGCGCCCGAUCUGUGGCCGACCAAUUGGCUGAAGCUGUCGACGAGGUCUUCGAGAAUCUAGGAAUCAUGGGCCUCAGCUGCCAGAUCUCCCACGACCUGUGCCUUAGCCGUGAAGACCUGGUCUUUCUCAUGGAUACGCGAAGGGAGUCUAUGCAGACGGGAGGAUUUCAGCAGCUGUACCCAACGUACAAGAGUGGACAGUACAAAACUUUCAUCGACGAGCUGGAACAGCUGCACAUGGGAACUCUUGAAGCAGGGGGUGCGACCGAAGACAUACAAAGGAGCGGUAGCCAGCAUGGCACUGCCGACAUGCACCCGAUCGUGGUUGCCCUACAAAGGCACUUCAACCGGCACGUGGCUGACGACAACUACUCGGACCUCGAGCCGGAGCCAAGCGACGUCUGGAAAGGGACCAACAGUUCGUCGGUACAGCACAGCGAAAAGCAAGAAGACGACUUCCUCAGCGGAAAUCAGGACUUCUACGCCUGGAGUCAACCGACCUCAGCGAACGUCACUUGCAGCAAAGACCCGUCCACUAUGCCGUACCUGGCGCAAAUCGUGACGGAACCGUCGGUGCGCCUGCAGCCGGCUUUCAAGCCUCAGCACACCGAGUACUUCGCCAACGUCUCGUACGACCUGGUCCUGGUGAAGGUGUGGGGCCUGGCCCAGCACUGCGGCAGCCAAGUGCGUGUGGACGACAAGUACGGUCCAGCUAGGCCGGCGAAUUACACCCUCGGCGUGGGUGAGAACAAAGUCGUGCUGUACGUGAUGGAUGGAGGCCAGCCGGACCCGUGGGUGGUCAACGCCUACACACUGCUCAUUCGGCGCAUGCCGCUGGCGGACGACGGCGUGGUAUUCAGCCCCGCCGCUCAACACCAAGUGUGCAGCCUCAAGCAGGAAUGCGAAAUGCAAGUCGCACCAGGGGAACCGUGCGGCCUUUACACCGAGACGUCUGUGGAUUGGCCCAGCUACCUCGAAAAGACGGCCAGGCUGCCGGUAUGCAAGGAUGGCAGCGCCCAAGGGCGAUGGAUGGUGCCAUGCGAGAAGUGCGCCGCCAAGGAGUCCUGUUACUGGAAGGAGGCCCGCUGGCAGCCCUACCAGUGCCGAUACGUGAACCUGCCGCAGAGGACGCUGGCGCGGUGCAUGGCUGGCAAGAAGUUGCUGUUCAUCGGCGACUCGACGAAUCGCGGCAUGAUGCACUACGUGAUGGAGCGCCUCAACGGAUCCCUGCAGCACUGGGACAAGACGCACGACCUGCGCGUCUACGCCAACCUGAAUCGCGGCGAGACGGCGGUGGCGUUCGCCUACUACCCUCAGUUCUGGCUUCCGACGAGCCAGCGACCCGUCUUCGACAAGGCACUCUACCAGCUUAUUGAAAGAUCAAAGCCUCUGCAGAACAAUUCGAACACUGUCCUCAUCGUGGGCGGCGUCCACUGGCUAGCGACUCAGCACCUUUACAUGCUGGUCAAGGCACUACGCGGGGACCACCUUCAAGGUAUUAAGCUUAUCAUCAAGACACUGGGAGCCGGAUUUCACCAGCCCGUUGAAGGAAUACACUGCCUCAGUAUGAAGGAACAGAAGAAGCUGAUGAUGCAGAACCUAUGGUUAGCCGAAUUUGCGCGCCACUACAACAUCGACGUCAUCGACACAUUCAACAUUACGGUGGCGCGCUACAAAGACUUCCUGCAAGGAAAAUGUGCUUGCCACUUUCACAAGGUGGUCCCCGUGCAAGCGCCCAAGAACCGGCCUCCGGGCAAGCCACCGCCACCGCCUUCGUACCACGUGGAAGGCGACAUCAACGCCAUCUACAGCGAGAUCCUGCUCAACCGCAUAUGCGCCAAGCAUGCCGAAGACAGCUGAUAAGACACCUUUACCGGCGAAGACUGUUGCUUUUGUGCUCGCGGUAUUGCUGGACGCUGCUGCAUCCCGCCAGCAGAGGACGUGUACCUACUGUUUCGACACGUGCCGUAUUCCGUCACCGACUCUCAGCCCCCACUACACUCUUCUUUCGUUAUUACUCGUCUGCUGCCAAAGUGUUCGCGAUAACGCCACACCAGCAGAGCAAAGCGAGACCGCCAGAAGCUCGAGAGACAGCGCAGCUUGCUGUCGAUAAUAACCUGCUGCACUUUUUUCAUUGUUCGCGAAAACCAAUUCUGGAAAGUGUCAAGCUCGCAGCACAUGACCAAAGAAGAAACGAAGACGGAAUGCGCAAGACCGUUCGGGAUGGGCUCGCUGCUCUCACUAAUACCAUGCUCACUAGCAUCAUUGGCCCGCUCCCCAGUUCAUACAAAUCACUCCAACUUACGACUUCGUGAAAAUUGGCUUGGAUCUGGAUCACAUCAUCUUGGAGGCAUGCAGCGAGAAACUUACAGGCGCGCUCGAUAGUUUGCUGAUCUAGAUUUUUCGCUCUAUCAAAUCACUGCAGUGAUUAAUUGAUUAAUAUGAGCGUACUGCUGACAUAUACGUUACAAUGGGUGAAUAGCUCUCGUGGCAUAUGACGGAGAGUUGUUUAAAAAAUUAAAACCGAGAAAGGUCGGCGAGCUGGCGACAUUAAGGUAUAACGUGUGCGCCGAGCCACAGGCAUUUUGAGGAUGACUUACUCUCUGCCACAGACCCCUGCAGAAACGUGUCAGCAUUAAAAAAAUGGACCAUCUUUUGAAGCAAGAACUCCUCAAAUAGUCAGAAAACUUACAGAAACUACGAUAUAUUCCAAUAGCAAGAAUUUACUGACCGGCUGGACAGUUCAUGAUCAUAGAAAAGUAUAAAGCUGGGAACGGGACAGUGUCUUGGGCCGUCCUUUAUCGCUGCUUUUCUCUUACCAUUUGAAAUGUUCAGUCUGCGUAGUUCUAUUCAGGAGCCAUCAUUUUCCAAAGAGUGAGGCAGUUAUCUGCGUUAUCCAGACGCCUCUCUUUGUUCCGGUGGUGUGGCGAUACUCGGGUUGUAAAUAUUCAGCCCAGUCCAAUACGUAAGCCAAAGUAUCUGCUUUUCUAAAGCUACUCGCCUUUUUUUCACUCACUGCACCAAGUAGCGAGAACGAGGGCCAAUAACACAACUGUACCCUCUGUCUCUAGCGCUGCACUUACCACCUGGAUAUUAGUGGCGUAACGAACUUUAGAACGUACUGCGCAUUUGCGAUCAAUGUAUAACGACCCUAAUCGCGUCUCUACGUUCAAGUUCUCGGAUCUGAAGUGACGCAAUGUUAUUUGAACUUUCAAAAGCUGCAGUUGAUGGUUUAUCGCAAUAUCCCUCGUCCCACACGUAAACCACGUGAGCCAUGUUUGGUUAUGAUGUUCCUUUGCAUGAUGGUUUGUACUCUGCAAACACCUCUGAACGGUGUUAGGCUUUCGAAUUUCGUCUUGGUGAUGGUCACGAAAUCAAGUGUCUAACCAUGCUGGCAGUGACUGUUGGUUCAGACCAGAUGAAGAGUAGAGAAUGCAUUUGUAGUCCGAAAUUGCAGUCAACGUAUAGUCGAAGUACGCUUAGUACUAUGCGCUAGAACGAAGCAAACUAUAGAACGAUACCGGUUUGUGGUUGGUUAUCAUCUAUCCGCCGAAUGAUAACGUUCUCUUGUACGCUCACGGUACUUGUGGACCAGACAAUAAGCGUCAAACGAAUAGCGGCGGCCUUUGGUAUAAGCGUGAACCUCACAGAGCUAAUCACUUGAAGCUCUGGGUUAUGAAGUGAAUGGGAUGUUUGCAGAAAAUGGCAGCAUUCUAAAUCGCACCAGCCUGUUUCCGCAUGUGUACCAGAGCUUUGUAUAAUAGCUGUCAUAUAAAGUGCGAUCCCUUAUUGGCCUGGUAGCUAUGGUCACGCUGUGCUGUGGUAACCCAUAUUAUCGACAUAAAAAUGUGAAGAAUAUUGCCGACGAAUUAAACGGAAAUUCGUAAAGUUGAUUAAGACUCACAAAGUAGCCCGAAAGUAGCCAACUGCUCCAGAAGAAGCCCUCACGUGUUUCUCAGACAGAUUCGCACAUGGAGAACACCACUCAACAAGGGUGUCAAUGCAGGCUAGCUGGUAUUUCCAGCGCCUCUUUCCUGUCAUUUUCUUUCUUACCAUAUUUUUACGCGGCGCUACACCCAAACCUGCAAUGAGAACACCACCUUGGGGAGGAGACCGAACCCGGGACCAACACAUGCACCGAGUUGUUGAUCCACCAUCGGAAUCAACGAAGAGGCUAGCAAAUACUACGCGAGGCAUAAUUAAACAACACGAAGCGUAGGAAUGUUGAUUACGGCGAAUGAGUUUUGCGUAGAAAGCUGUGACAGAUACGUAAACGUGCAAACUUUUCUAUGAUGAACACGUGUCGGCUUCUUCUGUGUAUAACCUCCUCCUACCAAUGCAUGGAAGACCUUUCUUUCGUUUUAGCUUUACCAGUAUAAUUAACUUUGUAUACAGGCAUGCUGGGGGAUUCAGGGCUUGUAUUUAAGAAAAAGAAAAGAUGAAUUUACAGCCAAUCCUGAGGCUGAAGUUAUUAGAUUUUAAAACCAGCCAAUGGUGACUAUAACUUCCGAAGAAUUUGGUUUGCGACGGUGGUCACAGCCAUCAGUGAAAGUAAUUGUCGUGAGACACCACAGCGUAAGGAAUGAGAGCAGCCGAACAGCAUACAUUGAACAAUCUUUGCAAAUGAUAAUCAUUUCUAUUAUUUUUUUUCUUACUUGGACGAAAAAAAAAUGACCAUAAGAGAGAGUACAUUUCGCGAAAAAUAUUUGUAAAUUUAGGACGUAGACAGAUUUCGUUGUAACCACAUUUUUCACCUGACGUGUUCUCAUCGACUCAUCGUAGGAAAUGUAUUUCACUAGACUUGACGCGCGUGGCGUAGCAAAAGGAAGGCUUUCAGAAACGCUCACAGUGCCGUUCAUGAUGGUGAGCAUUUUUACCCGAAUAAUCGUUUGCUGUUUCCGUGCUAAAUAUACAGAUGACGAUAGAAUGUAGUCGCUUAGUACACUAUCAGCCAACAUAAACGUUCUUGAUGACAGGCGUGUAGGAUUGGGUAGCUUCUUAAGUUCUCUGUCAUAUUCUUGAACCUCGCUGUUAAGCUCGACAAAGUUGUGUGGUGAAAUUGGUCGCGGAGGCUCAGAGCUAUAUAAAAGCCGUAAAAAGUCAUAUUCAACCUUUGUAAGCACUCGAGCGAAAGUCACUAAGGCGAAAGCCUUCGGAUGCCUCAUAACACGCGAAAAGUGGCCGUUCGCGUCAACAUGAUUGAUGCAAGAAAUCAUGUGAUGACAUCGCCCUAUGACGUCAUCAUGACGCCGCAGGCCACCAAAAUUUGUGACGUCACCAUGACGUGUCUAUAGCGUCACAUAUCGUGACAUCAUAUGAUGACUUCUUCGCAAUACAAUCGACUGAGAAAAAAAUAGAACGUGGCUUUCGCCUUCGAGUCGUGUUAUGCAAAGGCAUAAGGGACAGUGGGACUUCUGAUAUCAAACUUGAAGCGAUAAUAGGCCGUUUCACAAUAGGGUACGCAGAGAUAGCGUUCACUGGGUACGUUACACUAUUUUCUUAAUUUAACGUGGGUAGCCUGGAGGGUAGCAUAGGACGCAUGCACAGUGGUGACAAACGAAAACGCAAAACUUUGCCUACCCUGCAAUAAAACUGCCUAAUACUGCUGUUAGGUCUAGUUCAACAGCAUAUUGUAUCUGAUGCCUUUGCGAUGACCAUAAACUGCCCGGGUGCCACACAGUAAUAUAUGUGGAAUUCUCCGCUGUCGGCAAGGUAUAGUGUUGUACAAUAUCGUUGACAUGCAGCUGGUGAAACGCUGCUGUUUGGAAACAAGCACCGUCCUGUCAUCUUUCAAGCGGAUAAAUCAAAGCGGACUUGUGAAAUGCUUAGAAGCUUGUAGAAUUUCAGAGUAUGUAUUCAAGAAGUUAGUUUGUUAAAUCGUAAACGGUGGAUACAUGAUAUGUCGCGCCAUCUCUGAUGAUCUUGAAACGUUUGAACAGUGGUGUGAACGCUGCUGCGACGGCAAGUGGUGAGAGCCUAGCCGAAAGGACAUCUAUUUUUCUCUACGAGACAGGAAUCUGCUGUUAAUAAAGACGAUGUUACUGAAAAAAAAAAAA